AUGUGUUUAGAUUGGCGUGAAAUAUGUGAUGGAAAAAUUGAUUGUAUUAGAGGUAAUUUUGAUAUAGAUGAAGAAUAUUGUAGUGAACUUGACAUAACUGAAUGUAAAGAAGAUAAAUAUCGAUGUCAUAACGGAGCACAAUGUAUUCCACUUAUAUUCUUUCGUGAUGGCCGAACAAGUAAAAAUAGUUUGGAUGGAACAGAUGAAACUGAAUACUUUUGUCAAUCGGGAUUUUCUCUUGUGGAAAAACCUUUAAAAUCCAUCGAUUUAAUGAUAUUCGCUUGUGAAGAGUUAACAUGUCGUCGACCACAUGCAUGUUCAUGUGGUGAUGGAACUUGUCUACCACGUGAUCCUGGUUUUAAUCUUAUUAGUAAUAACUCAGGUGCUUGUGAAAGUACAGAUCGUAAUGCCUACUACAGUCAAGUAAUCUUGAGGAUGUGGAUGGGUGUGAGCAGGGAUUGA